ACAUUAUCGCUUCAAGUUCGAAGGUGAGAUUUGGUCACUUUUUAUUCUGUGUUUCAAUUUUGAUGCUGGAGAAGAGUCGCUUAGAACUUCAGUUUUCUGUCUAAACAGAGAAGGAAAUUGUGAUUUUGUUUCUCAUCUGCACGCGCGCGCAAAUAAAAUACACUACACACUGUACAUACAUCACUUGGAAGCCCGAGGAAAGUAUUGGGCUAAGUAGAGGAUCAUGGAAACUGAGAGGAACGCGGCACUUCCUAGUGUUGCGGAGCAUGCGCAUGAAAGAGAAGCUACAGGGACGGGGGGAGCGGAAGAGGUGAUAAAGAAAUAUAGAGUUCAUGUUAGUUCGAAAUAUCUUGAUCUAACAAAGAAGAAAUUGGAAUUGACGCGAUUGCCGCACGAAAGGCGAGGGGAAGAGGAGGGGAAAAGUGGAGGGGAUGCUGAGAGUGAGCAAUUGAAUGAAGAGGGUGUGGUAACCAAGAGGGAGAUUGAGAGCUUGGUUGAUUAUUGGCUAGAAAACUAUUCCUGGCGUACAAGGGAGAAUUAUUAUAAUUCCACAUACCCGCAAUAUCGCACUACAUUCACAAUUCCGAAGUCUAACACCAGUGCUCAAGAAGGAUCGAGUCAAUCGCUACGCAUUCAUUUCAUACACAUACGCAGUUCUCGCGCGGAUGCAGUUCCGCUGUUGUUGGUUCCAAGUUUUCCAAAUAGCAAUUUGAGUUUGGAUGUAGAAGGGUUGAGUAAGGAGUUAUGUGAGCCAGAGGUUUUGGGGGAGGAUGUUCCAGGAUACGGAAACGGACAGAGACGGGGACACAAACAGGCUUUUGACAUUGUAAUACCAUCAAUACCAGGUACGGGAUUUAGCGAUGAGAUACCUGGAUCUAGAGCAGAUGUUAUGGGGGAGACAGCUAGAUUAUUUGGGCAAUUGAUGAAAAGGUUAGGUUAUGAAAAUUAUAUUGCUUCAAUGAUGGGGUCUGGGCGAGAGAAGGGUGGGGAAGUGGAUUAUCAUUUAGGCAGGGGGAUUGGUGAUCUGGAAGGCUGUAGAGGUGUACAUUUGAUUGAACCGAGAUGGGGAGUUCCGACUGUGAAAGAAGGAGUUUGGGAUUGGGUAAGAUGGAAGGUGGCAUUUUUUUUUCACGCGGGAGUUUGGGGGUAUGAAGAAGGAGAUUGGAAGAACUUGAGUUUGCAGAUGAGGAAAAAGGAACACAAAAUUCCGACGAGAAUGUCGUUGUUGAGUGGGAAGAAGAGGAGAAUGGGAUAUGGAGCCGUUACGAGUAUUGGUUUGAGAGAGCCAAAUGCAAUAGCUUAUGCGCUUUGCGAUUCUCCAGUUGGCCUGUUGAGUUUUGUUGCGACAGCACUCAAGAAGAAGAAUCCGAUGCAUCAAUUGAGCAAAGAGAAAAUUAUUGAUCUUUGUCAAUUAUGUUGGCUACCUGGACCUGAAGCCGCGUUACGAUAUCAUGCGAAUGCAAUACAAGAAAGUGAGCAGUUAGAAGGAGAAAAGAGGAACGGCAAAAGACAAAGGGUAGCAAUAACGGUAUUUGAUGGAGAUGAAGGUUCUGUUGGAUAUAGUCCUCCUGCUUGGGGAAUGGGCAUACACGAAGUUGUCUUCGUUCAAAGAGCUAGCGGAAAGGCCGGACUUUUGGAAUGGGAGAGAUCGAAUGUUAUCUUUGAGGGUAUUCGUGGCUUGGCAAAAGAAGUAAUAAGAUUGGAUGACAAAAUCCAGCUGAGAAGAUUGGAAAGAGUAGUUGUUGAUGGGGGAUUGGAACAUCUCGAAUCCAGUCAUGGUAUGCAACUAGAUGUUGAGAGUCCGGAUACAAUUGUUGCAGGUUAAGGUCAUGAUGGUGUAAACCAAACGCGAAAAUCAGAAAAUAGGAACACACCGACGUUGAAUAGACAAGAUUGCGACGAUACGGUGGAUAUAAUAGAAGACGAAAAGGACAUAUGGGUUGGAGUGCUAAUGAGGAACGAUCUGUUUUUGAGAUACCAAGGGCAUGUUUACUUACGCAUAUACAAAUUUCUUUGAUAAAUUGAUGUU